CCGCCCCACGGCAGGAAACGGGAAUGCCAUUCCCCCGGGAUUCUCCGUUGGAUUCUUCCCGGAUCGAAUGGAUCCGAAUGGGCACCACCGUCGCCACCAACGCUUUACUCCAACGGCGCGGAGAACGUUUGGCCCUUGUGGUGACGCGCGGCUUCCGGGACCUUCUGUCCAUCGGAACCCAAUCCCGGCCCCACAUCUUCGACCUGACGGUGUCGGUUCCGGCGCUGCUCUACGAGGAGGUGGUGGAGGUGGACGAGCGCCUCAUCCCCCACCAAAGCGGCUGCGCUCUGCCCGGAGCCCAACGCGCGCCCAUCGUCCGAGGGUCCCUGGGGGCGACGCUGCGCGUCCAUCGGCCGCUGGAGCUGACGGCGCUGCGCGAGGAGCUCCUGCGCCUGCGGCACCGCGGGAUCCGCACCAUCGCCGUCCUCCUCCUCCACUCCUACGCGUGGCCGGACCACGAGGAGAAGGUCGGGGCUUUGGCGCGAGAGUUGGGCUUCGACCACGUCUCGUUGUCCUCUUCGGUGGCGGCCAUGGUGCGAGCGGUGCCGCGCGGGUACACGGCCUGUGCCGACGCCUACCUGACCCCCCUCAUCCGGAGGUACCUCCAGAGCUUCCGCCACGGCUUCCAAGACCACCUCAAGAACGUUCCGGUUCUCUUCAUGCGUUCCGACGGUGGUCUCACUCCCAUGGACCAUUUCAACGGCUCUCGCGCCAUCUUGUCCGGUCCGGCCGCCGGCGUCGUCGGUUGCGCCGUCACCACUUCCCGCCAUUUUCCCGGCGUUCCCAUCAUCGGUUUCGAUAUGGGCGGGACCUCCACCGACGUCAACCGUUACGCCGGAGAAUACGAACUCGUCUUCGAGGCCACCACCGCCGGAGUCCCCAUCCGCGUCCCCCAGAUGGACAUCAACACCGUAGCGGCCGGGGGAGGUUCUCAGCUCUUCUUCAGGUCUGGGCUCUACGUCGUUGGUCCCGAGUCGGCCGGAGCCCAUCCUGGACCCGCCUGUUACCGCAAAGGAGGUCCUCUGACGGUCACCGACGCCAACCUGUGCCUCGGCCGCCUCCUCCCGGAGUUCUUCCCUCGUAUCUUCGGUCCGGAUGAAGCGCAACCGUUGUGCCGGGAGACGGCGGCCACCGCCUUCCGCCGCUUGGCCACCACCAUCGAGGACUUCGAAGCCACCAACGGCCAACGCCGUCCCCUCACCGUGGAGGAGGUGGCCAUGGGCUUCAUCCGAGUGGCCAACGAGGCCAUGUGCCGACCCAUCCGCGCCCUCACCGAGGCUCGAGGUCACGCCACCUCUGACCACGUCUUGGCGUGUUUCGGUGGCGCCGGUGGCCAACACGCCUGCGCCAUCGCCCGCGCCCUCGGCAUCUCCAGGGUCUUCAUCCACAGGCACAGUGGGGUCCUCUCGGCGCUGGGGUUGGCGUUGGCCGAUGUGGUCCAGGAGCUCCAGGUUCCGUGUGCGCUCCGUUACGAAUCCCAAUCCUUCGCCGCUUUGGAUGAGCGCUUCGAGGAAUUGGAGCUCCGGUGUCGCCGCGCCCUCGAGGACAAUGGCUUCCGCGGGUCAGGGGUGCGGACGGAGCGUUUCCUGCACCUGCGCUACGCCGGCACCGACUGCGCUCUGAUGGUGUCGGCAAAGGGCUUCCCCUCCACCGACGCCUCCUGCGCCUCCGGAGACUUCCGCAGCGCCUUCACCGCACGGUAUGUGACGGAGUUUGGGUUCUCCAUCCCGGACCGCCCCAUCCUGGUGGACGAUGUCCGCGUCCGCGCCGUGGGCAGCAGCGGUGUCUCCUGCGACGCCCGACGGACUCCCACCGGGAGACCUCUUCGGCCCGAAAUGGUGACGCCGUGUUACUUCGACAACGGUUUCAUGGAGACUCCGGUGUUCCUUCUGGAGAACCUCGAGAGUGACCACACCAUCGACGGCCCCGCCAUCGUCAUCGACACCAACAGCACCAUCGUGGUGGAGCCGGGCUGUAGGGCCACCAUCACCGACUUUGGAGACAUCAUCAUCGCCGUGGGGUCGGGGACCCCUCGGCCUCUGUCCCCUCAACUCGACGCCGUCCACCUCUCCAUCUUCUCCCACCGCUUCAUGAGCAUCGCAGAGCAGAUGGGUCGCAUCCUGCAGCGAACGGCCAUCUCCACCAACAUCAAAGAGCGAUUGGACUUCUCCUGUGCCCUCUUCGGCCCCGACGGCGGUUUAGUGUCCAACGCUCCCCACAUCCCCGUCCACCUCGGGGCCAUGCAGGAGACCGUCCAGUUCCAGAUCCGCCACCUCGGGAAGGACCUUCAGGAGGGGGACGUGAUCCUGAGUAACCACCCGUGUGCCGGUGGGAGUCAUCUGCCCGACCUCACCGUCAUCACCCCCGUGUUUUGGGCGGGGCAGGAGGCGCCGGUGUUCUUCGUGGCGAGCCGCGGUCACCACGCGGACAUCGGAGGGAGCAGCCCGGGGUCGAUGCCACCGCACUCGCGGAGCCUCAGCGAGGAGGGCGCCACCUUCCUCUCCUUCAAACUCGUCAAGGGCGGAGCCUUCCAGGAGGAAGGUGUGCGCGCGGCGCUGCUGUCCCCGGGCGGUGUCCCCGGCUGCAGCGGGAGCCGCGCCCUGCGGGACAAUAUGGCCGACCUGCGCGCCCAGGUCGCCGCCAACCAGAAGGGGAUCCAACUGGUGAAGGAACUCAUCGGCCAAUAUGGCCUCCAGAGCGUCCAGGCCUACAUGGGGCACGUCCAGGCCAACGCGGAGCUGUGUGUUCGGGCGCUGCUGCGCUCCAUCGCCGCCCAAUGGGGCUCUGAGGUCGCCGCCGAAGACUUCAUGGACGACGGUUCCCCCAUUCGGCUGCGGGUCAAGAUGGACCCCCAAGAGGGCACCGCCAUCUUUGAUUUCUCGGGUACGGGGCCGGAGGUUUUGGGCAAUUGGAACGCUCCGCGCGCCAUUACUUUGUCCGCCCUCAUCUACUGCCUUCGCUGCAUGGUGGGAGAGGACAUCCCCCUCAACCAGGGGUGUUUGUCCCCCAUCCGUGUGGUGAUCCCCAAAGGGUCCCUCCUGGACCCCUCUCCGGAGGCGGCGGUUGUGGGGGGCAACGUCCUCACCUCCCAACGUUUGGUGGAUGUCAUCUUCAAAGCCUUCGGGGUCUGCGCCGCCUCUCAGGGCUGUAUGAACAACGUGACCUUCGGCGACGGCUCCCUCAGUUACUACGAGACGGUGGGGGGCGGGGCGGGGGCGGGGCCUCGCUGGCACGGCCGGAGCGGAGUGCACAGUCACAUGACCAACACCCGCAUCACCGACCCCGAAACGCUCGAGCUGCGGUACCCGGUGGUUUUGGGGUGCUUCUCUCUGCGGAAGGGUUCGGGGGGGGGGGGGUCUGUGGAAGGGGGGGGAUGGGGUGCAGCGGCGCCUCCUCUUCCGACGGCCGCUGACCCUCGCGGUGCUGAGCGAGAGGAGAGUCCUGCGGCCCUACGGCAUGAACGGGGGCAGCCCGGGGGCCGCGGGGCUCAACCUCCUCAUUCGCGGCGACGGUCGAAUCCUCAACCUCGGGGGGAAAACCUCAGUGCGAGUGGAACCCGGGGAUAUCUUCCACAUGGAAACCCCCGGCGGCGGCGGCUUCGGAACCCCCCGAGAAGAAGAAGAGGGGGGAGGGGGGGACCCUAAAAAAGAAGAAGAGCCCCCCAAAAUCUGGGGGGAACGCGGGAGCCUCGUCGAGUACCGGCGAGCGCAGGAGAGCGCCUGAGCCCCACGGCUAUGGGGCUGCCCCAUAAGUGGG